CAGGUGGAGUGGAGACUGGAAGCCGGACAAGAAUCUCAACUGCCUUUCGCACUACCUUCCAACUUUGAAUCCCGCCACUUUCGCCCAUUUCCGGGGGUAUUCUCGUAAUACCCACCUAUUCCUCAGUUAACAGCAUUGACGACCUUCACCUAACCACGACGGCUAGGUGGGCCCCGCUUUCCCGUUCAUACUAACUAUCGCCAAAAUCCAAUCCAUCCAUUCGUCAUUCAUCUAGAAGAUGGGAGUCUGAGAGAAAGUCUUCUCGUCUCUCUCUCUGCAAAUGCAUUCAUUCCACACACGGGAUUUCUUCCCCCAUGCUCUCCAUCUUUCCUAUCUCCCCUAUCUUUCAUCAAUUCCGUAGGAUUCAUCUAGAAUUUUUUUUUUUUUUUAAAGGAAAAAUAUCUGGAAUUUGUGAUUUGUAAUGGGCGGGAUUUGCUCGAGGGGAAUAAUUCUGGAACGGAAUCCCAUAAUUCCGACCAUCGCUAGCAAGGAUUUUCAACAUCCAUCACCUAAUCUCAGGACUGUGCAGAACAUCAAUAAGAAGCAGUUGAAAGAUGUCCAUCUUCCGCCAGAUUUCGUGAAAUCUACCCAUGAGUUUGAUUCGAGGGAGCUGGCGUUAUCUGAACCUGGUGAGUCUAACGGAGCUACUCCGGCUCAGACCGGGCCUUCUAAGGCACCCGAAAUAGGCUCACGUCUGGGAAGGGCUGGCGUCGUCGGUCUAGAGCGGGCCAUGGAAGUUCUAGAUACGCUCGGAAGUAGCAUGUCGAAUUUACACACUAGCAGUGGAUUUGUUUCUGGGAUGGCAACACGAGGAAAUAAAAUAUUUAUCUUGGCAUUUGAAGUAGCUAAUACAAUAGCCAAAGGAGCAAAUUUGUUGCAAUCUCUUUCAACGGAAAACAUCCAGUUCUUGAUGAAAGACAUUUUACAUUCAGAGGGAGUACAACGACUAGUAUCUACAGAUAUGGAUGAACUUCUCAGCAUUGCUGCUGCUGACAAAAGGGAGGAGUUGGAUGUGUUUUCCAAAGAAGUAGUUAGGUUUGGGGACCUAUGCAAAGAUCCUCAGUGGCACAACCUUGGUCGCUAUUUUCAAAAAUUGGAUUCUGAUGUUUCAUCCCAUAAGCAGCUUAAAGAAGAGGCAGAAGCAACAAUGCAACAACUGAUUAUGUUGGCUCAGCAUACUUCAGAAUUGUACCAUGAGUUAAAUACAUUGGACAGAUUUGAUCAAGAUUAUCGGCGUAAGCUUCAGGAAGAAGAGUCUUUAAAUGUCAACCAUAGAGGAGAGGGUCUCAUGAUGUUACGUAGUGAGUUAAAACGCCAAAGAAAGAUUGUAAGGAGCUUGAGAAAGAAAUCUCUUUGGUCUAAAAAUUUGGAAGAGGUCAUGGAGAAACUUGUCGACAUUGUUACCUUUCUACAUCAAGAGAUUGCGGAGAUCUUUGGCAGUAAAAGUACUCAGAGAGUUAUGGCAGAUUCUAAACCGGUUGAUGAGGGAUCGGUUAGCUGUUCUCAAAGACUUGGUGUUUCUGGACUUUCAUUGCACUAUGCAAACAUCAUCAAUCAGAUUGACAGUAUAGUGUCUCGACCAAGUUCCAUUCCUCCUAAUACAAGGGAUACAUUAUAUCAUGGACUACCAAGUGGUGUUAAGGCAGCUCUACGUCUCCGGUUACAAUUACAUCAUGUCAAGGAAGAGCUUGCUGUUCCCCAGAUCAAAGCUGAGAUGGAGAAAACCCUCCAGUGGAUCGUCCCCAUAGCCACAAAUACAACCAAAGCACAUCAAGGCUUCGGAUGGGUUGGAGAAUGGGCAAACACUGGUAAUGAGUUUAACAAGAAGACAGCCUCACAGAACAACCUGAUCCGCCUCCAGACGUUCUAUCACGCUGAUAAGGAGAAGAUGGAUGAAUACAUACUCGAAUUGGUGACAUGGCUUCACCGUCUUGUUAGCCAGGUAAAAUACAAGGAUCAUGGUUUCAAAUUCCAAGCACCUGUUCGUUCCCCAACCCGGAAGGGCUUUUCAUUGUCACCUGGAGUGCAGAACAAUCCAUCUCUAGUAUGUAACAGUAGAACCGAUACAGCUAUUCAACUAUCUGAAGAAGACAAGGAGAUGUUGAAAGAGGUGAGUUACAGGAAACUGGUGCCAGGAAUAAGCAAGAGCCAGGAGUUUGAUACAGGAAAGAAGAGGAAAGGCUACAAAGAAUGGCGAUUGAGUCGGAGUAUUGGUAAUUCUCCCGUCAAGGAGUUCAGUCUGGCUUUGGAUUUGGAAUGUGAAAGGAUUAGGGUUUUGGAUGUAAUGGAUGGGUUGGAUAGUGUUGCAGUCUCCUGAUUUGCAUCUAUAUUCUCUUCCUAUUCAAUAUAUGAUGAUUUUUUAUUUUAUU